GUCCAUUGCGAAAGAGCCCAAGAUAUGGAAGGACGGCUUCAGGACCACGUUGAUCCAAAUGGGGAGAGGUGGCCAAGAUGCGAGUCAAAAGUGGGUCCGAAAGUUUCAGGACACGAUGCGAGAGAUGGGAGAGGCAGAGAAGGAUGAGGUGGCAGAUUGGGUCGAGCACUUCAAGACGCUUCAGAAGAAGACUGGCCAGGAGACGAAGUGGCGGAAGCUGACGAAGGCUUCUCGGGAAUUGGCCGUCUCAAGUGCGAAGACACAGAACCAGGUGAUGCAGAUCAUUGAAAGAUGUCGGAAGGCAGAGCUCAAGCGCCUAAAGUGGCAAGCUUGGAAUCACAAGCAGUGGGUUAGAAAGUUUCGGCAAGCAGAAGACAAGGCUUUCCAAAUGCAGAAGGAGGAGGAGCUGAGACUCACAGAAGAGUUCUGGCAGGCUGUAAAGGACUCGAGCACUCAUGCAGCCAAAUCCUGA